CAGCAGCGUCGCGAGCGGCCACAGACCACAGAGGCAUCUGCUGCUGGAAGUUUCUUGUCACGGAAUAAGAGAUGUCACGUCAAACAUGGGAUAAAAAAAAGUACAAUUUCUCAAUUUGAACGACUUUCAAGAGUCCGGUAAAUUAAUAUGUAAAAAUGCGACUAUUUUUUCAACCCCAAAAAAAGGAAAAACGAAAGAAAAUCUAGAAAAGUAUAACAAAUCCCGCCUUUUAUUUGUAUCUCAAAAAUCGUAAAGGAUGCUCUGUCAUCCUCCUAAUAAAAGUUGACCUAUAGGAGCAAGCCUACCGUUCAAGGUCAUAACGCUGCGCGUAUAGGCAGGCUACAGGCUAUACCGUUUGACUUGUAUCUAUCUCCUAAGUGUGUUUUGUGGCUGCAGGUCCAGUCCUGUGUGAUUUCUCCUCUCACACUAGAGGGGCUGCAGGACCCCGCUAGCAUGGUGGGGGCAGAAUGAUUGGGGGUUUCUGUACGAUCUCCCGUGACCAAUGAGCGGGGUGCUGUCAGGGGUAACCACAUCUGUCAACCGUUCUCGGCCAAUAAAGAGCAGCGCGAGGCGGACCUCAGGUGCGCGCCUCUGCGUCCCCUUGGCACAGUGCCCGGGAGAUGCUAAGAGAGAGACGCCUAGCUGCCCCGUGGCCCCGCAAAAAAAAAAAAAAGAGUUACUGUCAUAGGAAGCACCCCCUUUUUUAAACUCCGGCUAUCACUCUGGCUCCGAGAGUUAUGGCGACCGCCACGUCCAACCACUACAGCGUCCUCGCUACCCCCAGCAGCGCGCCGCCGCCGCACUCGGAGUCCGGGAGCAUGCAGCAGGCGGCCGCGUACAGGGACGCGCACACCCUUCUCCAGAACGACUACAGCACGCUAACGGGCGUCGCUGGACAUCCGCUGAGCCACGCGCACCAGUGGAUCACGGCGCUGUCGCACGGGGACACCGGGGCGCCCUGGACGACGUCGAGUCCCCUCGGAGAGCAGGACGUGAAGCCCGUGCUGCUGCACGACAGCUCCGACCGAGAGGAGCUACAGAACUCCGCCAGUCUGCAGCAGCAGCAGCAGCAGCAGCAGCAGCAGCAACAGCGACACCCUCACCUAGCGCACCAGGCGCAUCACGAAGUCAGAGCAUGGCGAACGAGCACCGCCACCACGCACAUCCCGGGCAUGGCGACGUCUGAGGGGCAGAAUCUGGUGUACUCCCAGUCCGGCUUCGCUCUGAUGCCCGGGGGAGGAGAGCAGCAGCAGCAGCAGCAGCAGCAGCAGCAGUCGGGCGGGAUGCACCACCACCCGCUGAGGGAGGACGACCACCACAGCCAUAGCCCUCACCUCAGUGAGCACGGAGGGGGCGGCUCGGGGCCCCACCAGCAGCAGUCUCUCGGGCACCUCGGGCACCAGCAGCACGGCGGGCAGCAGCACCAGCAGGACCACUCGGACGAGGACACGCCGACCUCCGACGACCUGGAGCAGUUCGCCAAGCAGUUCAAGCAGCGGCGCAUCAAGCUGGGCUUCACCCAGGCGGACGUGGGGCUGGCGCUGGGGACGCUGUACGGGAACGUGUUCUCCCAGACCACCAUCUGCCGCUUCGAGGCGCUCCAGUUGAGCUUUAAGAACAUGUGCAAACUCAAGCCCCUGUUGAACAAGUGGCUGGAGGAGGCGGACUCCACCUCGGGGAGCCCCACCAGCCUGGACAAAAUCGCGGCGCAGGGGAGGAAACGGAAAAAGAGGAUCAUCGAGGUGGGGGUGAAGGGAGCGUUGGAGAGCCAUUUCCUCAAGUGUCCAAAACCGGGAGCGGCGGAGAUCAACUCAAUCGCGGACAGCCUGCAGCUGGAGAAGGAGGUGGUGCGUGUGUGGUUCUGUAACCGGCGGCAGAAGGAGAAGAGGAUGACACCCAUAGGGGGACAGAUGCCAGGGGAGGACAUGUACGGGGAUACCCCUCCGCAUCACGGCGGACAGACCCCCGUGCAGUGACCUCCAAAGCACCGUCAUUCCUAAAAUAACGCACGGACGCCCCCCCCCCCCCCCCCCCCACCACCACCACCACCACCACCUCCUCUCCCCCUCCCCCCACAGCCCCCCGAUGGGAUCUUAAUUCGCUUAUUUUUUGGUGGGGGGGCCCGUUUGGCAUCGAGCUGUAGCUAUAAUGCUAAUGUCGGGAUCGGUGGACAGAGGCAGAGGGAAUACUGUGCGCCUCCGUUCCGAGCAGACACAUCGGCGGCGGGGAGGAGAGGGUCUCACGCCGUGGAAUUACCGAGAAUAAUACAACAUGGUUGGUGCGUGUGAGUGUGUGUGCUAACCAAAAAAAAAAAAAAGCGUCCAGCAGACCCCCUUUGAUAUGAAACGCUUUUUUUUUUCCCUUCUCGAGAACACCCUGGCGGGAAUGUGUCAUAUAAUGUAUUAUAAAAAAGAAAUGCAGGAUUUGGGAAGGAGGGGGUUUGGGAUGGGGGGGGGGGGGGGCGGGGGGGGGGGGGGCGGGGGGGGGGGGGGGGGUGUAGACACGCGGUGUCGAUAUAGAGGGAAAAAAACUGGCUAUGGGCAUGAGUAGUCGCAGUCAUCAGUGUGGGUAAAUACACGCCAUCUUCCCCUCAUAACAAAGCACCAGGGGUUCCACGCGCAGCUCGUGGGUAAAACAGGAAAAGGGCUGAAACCCGCUACACCUGCUACUACCGUUGCAUUUCUGCAUUCAUUAAACCAAUACCAGCCAAAUGCAAUACACCAGGCAUUAUUAUUCCAAUUGUUAUUAUUGUUAUUAUUGUUAUUAUCAGGCCUGUUGUUAGGCCUACUGUUUAGAUUUUUUUGUUAAAUUUUUUGGUCGGCCACGAGUGAGUGUUGCAAUCUGGAAAACGAUGUAAAUAUUAAUUUAAUUCUGUAUGAAUUCUGUUUUUCCACUUUCAAAAAGGAUUAGAAAUGAUUAAAAGAUAACCAUAAUAACAGGCCUAUUAGGCCUACAUAAUAAUAAUAUAAUAAUAUCAUAGUAGUUAAAGCGAAAUAAUAACAGCCUAAUAUGAAUAACAUUGAUAAUAAUAAUACAAAUAAUAAUUGCAAUGAUAGAAUAUUACCAUUAUUAUUAUUAUAAUAAUAAUAGGUAUUAUCAUUAUUAUUAAUAAUUAUAAUUAUAACUCCAACAACAACAAUAAUAAUAAUAACAAUAUAAUAAUAAUGAUAAUAAUAAUAAUAACAACAACAACAAUGGGUCGUUCUUCGAUGACCAUUGAAUACUGUGUUCACUUUAGUGUUACGUGCCAAUGUUUAGACUACAAGCAGUCCCGUGCGCCUGUUUACAUUGUGUGUUUUGGUCUCCGUUAUUACUGUACUUUCCAAAUGCUGUGACGAGAAAGACCAACACUGAACGGAUGGAUUUCUCAAGCCUGCCCAUUUUGCCUUCCUUUCGUACAAGAACAAAAAUAACUGAACAUAUUGGUACCAGCUUUGGCCUCAGUGGCUUCUAUUCUCAAUUCACUCAGAAGACCUAUAUGUGGGAUGUAUCUCCAUCAUUCGUUUUGUAAGGCUUUGUUUGUUUGUAUGUUGGUUUGUUGAGUUUCCUCCGUAUACUCUGUGCCAAAGCACGGGCGCGUGCACGCGCUUAUGUGCCAUACUCCUGUGAAAAAAAUAGCCAGUCAGAGGUGGGGUGAAUCCGAGUCUCAUAUGGGAAUUAAUUUCAUAUGUACACAUCAUACAUACAGUUUGCUGCUCUAUUCCAGUCCAGUCCUUUAGGUGAUAGGAAAUAGGCCCACAUUGACGGAGAACGUUUGAUCAAAAAUCUAAUUUUACAAAUUAAGAAAAAGGUAUUUAAGUUUUAUGUGGGCCGGAUAAUUAAAAGGGGCUUUUGUUAAUUAACAUAAAUGCAUAUCUUUGCAUCAUUUGGAAAUCUUGAGUUGUAUAUUAUUUAAUAAUGCACAUUUAUCUACAAAUCAAAACAAAUCAUUAAAUUUGUCAGAUUUUAAAAGAUUCGAACAGAUCUCUGAUAUUGACUUUGUAUUUUUUACAGCGUGACAAUUGAAAUCCUAUAAAAUUCUCAAACUGAAUGUGAGUUGUCAAAAACAACAACUACAACGUCGACCUAAUAUCUGUGACAGCUUCCAAUCAAUUGAAGGGGAAAAGAAAUGAACAAUUGCACAAUUUCUAUAUGCUUUUUUGUCAUUAAAAUGUAUUUGUUUUUUAUAA